CUUAAGCGAAUGGGAGAUAGGAAGAACAUAAACAAAAAUAAAUCUAUACCGAUGUAGAGUUCAAAUGCACGAAAGUGGCCGUACAAACCUACUUUACGCGGAUUUUGCAUUCACAAUUAUUUAAAUUAAUCUUUCCGCUGUUUGAGAUAUUUGUGAGCCGCAAAAUCUCCAAAAUUCACCGUCUUGACAAACUAGGUCUUUAUCAUUUUGGCAAAUCGUUUUGGCAUUCAAUUAAAUAAUGGCAAACGUACAAACAGUGUCAAACAUGUGGAAGAAGAGAAAGAAACAAUGGACAAAGUGAAAAGUGAUAAACGGGGGGCUAAGCGGUUUUCAGAUACUUUCAGGUGUAUAUCAGCAUGUUUGUACGUCUUAAUGUCACCAAGAUGUAGUCAAUGUAUUUAAAUUCGGUUUUAUAUAUAGCAUCUCAUCAUCAAUUCAAUUUGUCACUGUUAUAUUCUCUUUCGGUUACUGGAAAAAUAAAAUUUAGAGGGAAAAAUUUUGCAAUCGCUAUUUGUGUAUUUGCCGCCAAAAUGAUAAGAUAAGACAAAAGGAGCCUUGUUAUGCCAUCGGCAUCACCACAUUUUUUUCUCUCGCAAAAACAAAAACGGUAUAUUAAAUAGAUUCCACAUGUAGUAGAAAACGGUUAUCUUAAUCUUUCAUAUAAAGUGGAAUCAGCACAACUGAUUAUAUCGACCAAUGACAACAAUAAAUACCACAGUCAUAGGUAUUGUUCUCAUUGACUAAUUUGCAAAUUAGUAUAGUUAUUACAUCGGAAUUGUUUCAACACUGCGCAAAUUUUUCUAAAUUUGAGUCAAUUAAUAAGUAAUAACCAGCAGGCAAACGCCGAGCUUUUGGCCCAACUAUCUGGAUACAUUACCCUGUUUGUUUAUUUUAUAAUUUAAAUCUUUUCGAACAAAAUGUCUACAUUUUAUCAAUGAAUUCGUUGUCAAAAUACGCAGACCUCCGCAUAAGCUAUUUAAUCUAUCUUUUUUUGUAAAACACACACAAAGUGAGUUAAUCGAAUACGAUUAUUAUCGUCAUAGAUACAACAUUUUAUAAUAUUUGCAAACGAGAAUUGGCAAGAACCAACGGUAGUACUUUGGCUGAAUUUGACAAAGUCGUGUCAAUUUUAUCAGUUAGGAAUUUCAGAUAUCUAUGCAAUGUGAACGGACAUGUUGGAUAUACGUGAACGAACGUACAAACAAUUUGAAUAUCAAUCAAAUGAAACUGAAGUUACAGCACUUAUGAAAGAAAGCUAUUCCGUCCAGAUCAAUUAAACCGUUUCAAUAAUGGGUGAACCAAUAACAUGGUCUAGCGCACGAUUUUCACAUUAAAAAAAACGCAAUCGAUGAUGACAGACAAAAUCACGUAUAAUAUGCACGAUGCAUAAUGAUUUUGGACAAAUGGUGCGAAAAACGAAAUUCAAAUUGUCUCUUCCAAAUUCGUUACGUUCAUAUAUUGUGAGUAAAAUGAGCAAAAACAUGCCGUUAUGUGUAUGUGUGUAUAUGUGUACGUGAGAGUGUGUGAUAAAAUGUGAGGAAUUCAAAAUAAAAAAUGUGUUGCGAUCGAUGAACCGGAGGCGCUGUUUUCGCCAAUAAUUUUCUGCCAAUUGUUGGAGUAGUUAUUUAAACAAAAUUGUCCUAAUACCAACAUACACAUUUUUGCCAAUCAAAAUUAGAAUUCACAGUAGGUGAUUUUUUUGCAGUGUAAUAGGCAAACGUGUUAAUUUGCGGUUUCAUCUCUUUUUUUCUCUAUUUUUUGUUUUUGUUUUGCUCAUGUACCGAAAAAAAAUUGACUAAAUUUAACAAUUUAUUCUGUAAAACCUGCUGCGAAUAAGCAAUAUAAAAGAUACAAAUAAAAGACGCAGUGUUAUCACAUUGAAUUUGGAUUUGCAUGAACUGUAGUUACGUUUAUACAAUACAAUAAUGGGUGCACGAACAGAUUUACAUUCACAGGAUAUUACGAAUCAAAAUGCAUCUGAUCAGAGAUUCAAUACACUGUUUAGCUUGAUUAAAUCCACUGAUGAAAUAUCGUGAUUAGUGAAGAAAAAAAAUAUCGAAAUUAACAUAAAAAAAAUUAAAUUGAUUUCACAAUGAAGCUGGUGAAAAGGUGAGAACGAGAGAGAGAGAGAGAGAGAGAGAGUGAACUGUCGUAAUCACAUUCAAUUAAAAACAUGCGAUAAUGAAAUAAAAUGCACGAAACUUAAAUAAUUUGUGGAUCCAAGGAAAUUGUGACCAAUCCGGAAAGAAAAGCCGAGAUUUUUUUCUCUCAAUUGUUCCCUGAAUUUGGUGAAUUAACUAAGUUCGAUAGCAAUAAUUUGGUUCGAAUCGUAGACUAUUUUUUUUCUCUAUUUUCUUAAAGCCCACAUGUUGCCAAUGGGAAUGGGAAGUUUAUGUUGGCAGAGCAGUCUCUGUGGUUUGGAGGGAAAAAAGAUGCGCAAAAUCUAUUCAUAAUAACUCACUUUUAUUAUCCAACAGCGCUGCGUUGUAUUUGAAGUUAAUUAUUGAAAAUAAUCAGCGAUUAUUACUUCAAAUGAGUGUGUGUUUUCUUUGUUCAAUGUUCAGUUCACUCGCACAAAUCAUGGUUGAGUCUUUCUAGUUUUUUGCGCUGCCACGAUAUACUAGAUGAACUUUUCUCUAAGUGUUUUUUUUUUUUCUUAAAAAACAACUUUCCUGGAAAUCAAUUCAGUUUAUGAGCGUAUCGCAAGUAUUCAAAAACUUAAAGUGAACGUGUUACAAAUACUAUUCGAACAUAAAAAUUCUAAAUAGGUAAAGUCGUUCGUUCACCUCACACAUCUGCGGGAGAAUUGUGGUGAUCUCAAUAUGUUUUAAUUAAAAAAGGCCAAGCCAAUGUGCUGUAUUCGUUUUCUUUCUUCUUUUUUCUUCAACACUUCCACCAAGAUGCCCAAAAGAUAAUGUCUCAAUUUGCACCAUAAUCACAAUGUUUACUAUUUGUUCCGUUUUGUAUUUCCAUGUUGUUUUCUUUUAUUUUGUCUCUUUUGGAUCAAGGUACGCGCGCAGAGCGUUCAUUUCUCUUGCUGGCAUUUUUAAUGAGACUCAAAGUGUUACAUAUCAAGACUGUGUGUACGCGAGUAUGGGGCUGAUCAAUGGGCUAUCGCUUGUAUAGCACAGCGUUAAUUACCGUUAAAUAGCAUACAAUGAAACCCAUGAAAUGAACCUCGCACACAAACUACCCAUAACGAAGUUGUUUUCAUCUAUGCAAACAAAAUUACAGCCGAAAAAAGAUCAGCGUAUUUGGUGGAAACGUAACAGAAUGUCAUAAGCGAUUUUUUUUUCUCGUUGUUGUCAAUUGUCAGCUAUGGCCAUUAACACCAAACAACCUUUUUAUAUCAAUGGCAAUGCCUUGUAAAACGACGAAAAUUAGGCGCUCUCUUGAUUUGUUGUUCCGCGUGAAAUCGACGAGUUCAACUCACGUAUCCCAUGUAAACACACUCCCACUUAUUCAUCGAUGUAAUUGAGUUCGUGGAAGAAUAGCGUAGAUUUAGUUUUUCUUCUCGUUUCAAUCGAAGUGAAAAUCAUUUAAAUAUUUUGCAUUGAAAAUUCACAAACGCAUUUACCCAAAUUGAAAAGAGUGCUCCAAUUGCAGAAUAGUUACGGAACGCACGGGCUUGAAUGCGAACAUUUAUUCCGAAUAUAAUGAAAAAGUCGUGCUUUCUCCCGAUACUAUCGCCAAUAUUCACACAUGUUUUUUUUUUUAAAAUGUAAACAUAACUAUUAUUAAAAUACAAUCGAAAACAUGAUUUAAUUGGAUUAGGAAUAAAAAUUUCACCUCUCACUAUGAUGGAAAGUGAGAUGAAAAAAGCAUCAUCAUUCUUCGAAGGCUUGCGAUACAGUGAAAAAGCCGUCAGCCUUUGUGGAAUGAUGAAAUGCAUUGGCAGCCAGUUUGAUUCUUUCGCAUCAAAAUUAAUUGAGAAAAAAAAUUAUUCAUUUUCACUGAUUGCACUCUGUCACUUUGUUUGUUUUCCACUAACAUUUUUCAUCAUCAGAUUGAUUCAAUGAUAUUUUUAUCAUCUUUAUUGAAUUCUUCGGUGGCUAAGGUGAAAAUUAUUUGCAUUGAUUUUUCUGUCGGAAUGUGUGUUGUUCCAUCUUAUCGAAUUUAAUGAUGAAAAAAAAAAACAAUGUUUGCAAACAUGCUGAGUUUAAAAAAAAAGCUAUACGAUAGCGUGCAAGUAGAGUUGAGUUGAAUUGUAGUGAAAGUUUUUCACAUAUGCGAUCACAAUGAAAGAAAAAAAACAACGCUCCAUUGUUUUUUAUGCGUAUAUCAGACGUGUUUAACAUAUUGAAUGCCAUCUUCAUCGUGUUAUAAGUUUAAUUUCUUGUUUAUGAGCUCGCGUAUGCACGCAUCGAUAUUACAUUUACUUGUUUUGCUUGUAGCAAAAUGUGAAAUGCAUAAAUUAGCAAAUGCUUUGGUUGAUUUUCAUGUUUUUUUCCCCUUAUCCCGCCUUUUUUCGCUAUUUGUCGCCGGUGAUACCGUUUUCUUUUUGUACGUGUUUUUCUUAUUUUUUCACAAAGUGAUAAUUUUCAUGUAAUAACGCUCAUAUAAUAAAUGCACAAUGCCAUCACCCGUAAUCAACAAAAUUAGCGGCACACCACCGACAAAGGAACAUGGUUCGUUGCUAAGAUAGCCAUGGAAAACGUGCCAACACAGUGUUGUUCGUGCUAUUACGAUGAUGCGUUCAUUUGUCUCCGUUGCCAAUGCAACAUACUGGACCAAAGCAGAUGAGAGAAAUAAUUGGCGGCUUAUCGAAAUAUGUACGUUGUGUACAUUCAGUAAACGGCAUUUGUGACAUUCAAAUCAUCAAUUAACAGCAGCAUCUCAAUAACAUUUACGCAUUUUGCGUUGUGCGUACGGUUGUUUGGUUUGAUUGUCUUGUUUCUGCUUUCACGGUGUGUCCCCAGCAGCAAUAGCUGCUAAGAUGACAUAAGUAACAAUAGCGGUCGAUUAAAAAAGAAAUACACAUACUACAAUUGCAUUUUAUAUAAUGUGGCGCUUCUCCGUAUGCUCUUAUAAACAUGACGAUACAUUUGUUUUUAUUUGCGAGAGAUGUUUUUGCUCACACUUCAUACGCGGAUCAUGGAUUAAAGUGACGUGUUUGAAUACGGUUGCGAAGAAUUUAUUGUCAACUGGUACGUGUGCCGCUUCUUGUAGCCGUUCACACUAAAAUUCCUCGGUCAUUUUCCCCAUUUGGCAUACCGGAGCAAGUCGACUAAAUUCAAGUAAGACGAACCACAACAACAACAACAAAAAUCAUGCCAUAUAAAAUGGCAUUCGGACGGAAAAAGAAGCUCCGCGAAACAACAUAAAUCGUCUGCAUUUCACCCAUUGAUUAUUAUCGAUUUUAAUCAUUUAUUUUUCUUGCGUCUUCCUUUCAAUUCUUCAUAAAUGAAAGAAGAAGAAAAAUAAAAGCAAAUCCGCUAAGAAGACAGUAAAUGAGGGGAAAAAACACGCACGUGCAAAUACCUUUUUUUCCAAUUAUUAUUUUUAUUUGUGGAAUUUCUCCAUUUCAUUUUAUCAUAUCGAUAGAAUGGGAAUUGUUGCUUUUGCAGUUAUUGACGUUAUCGUUGUCAUUUCAGUUCAUUUUAUCAAUGCAAACAACAGUUCAGUUCAGUUAAAUUUAAAUUGGGCUAUGACCGAAUCAACAUCUGUCACAUAAGUAAAGUAGAAGAAAAAAAAAAACGGUUGGAAAUGUGGCUAUGAUGCGAUGUGAUUAAAGGCUUGAAACGUUUUAAUUCCAAUAAAUUGACGUUAUUGUGAGCAGUGCAUUUAAUAACAAAUGGAUGUAAUUUAUGUGAUGAAAAAAAACGAGACAAUGACCAGCGUCAGCCAUUGUGAAUGCAGAUUAAUCUUUUUGCCCGUUAUAUGACCGCAUAAUUUGAAAUCGAAACGAAUACAAAAAGAAAACGAAUACGGACAAAAUUGAAUGGAUGUGGCAUUUUCUCUAGAAGAGAUUGAAUAAAGUAAUAAAGCGUUAAUAACUUAAAAUUAUUUUGCAUUCAAUUUGCUUAAUUUGACUGCAACAAAAGUGACUAAAUAGUACUGACGCUACAUAGCACAUUUUACCACCUGGACCAUUUGAAUUUUAUGAACAAGAGAACCGACAUUGUUCGCCGUGGAGAUAUUCAAAAUCACUUAAGAUAAACCGAAAAAAAAUAUAAAAUGAAAAAGAAAACGAAAACGGGGAAUGUCAAAGUGAAGCAAAUCACCUUAUAUGCUCGUAGAUUUAUGUACAAAUACCGAAGUCGCGCUGUUGUUAUUCGGCGUAACUGUGGUCCACAUGCAGUUCAUUCUUUUUCUAUGACUCACUUGAAUAUUCCAGAUUUUGUUAUAAGGCGCAUUCGGUCACAGCCGUAUAGUUAGCAUUUUAACAUGGUUUACGUAUGCCUUUUGAUCAACCGAAAGAAUUUUCAGUUGAAAAAUCCUAUUUCGGAUUGAUUUUUUCUCUUAUCAUUUGGAAAUUGUUACCUAACAAAUUAAGAAGCAUGGCUCUCUGCACUAUAUUGUAUUCUCGGCUAUUAUGAUGUUUCAUUUGAAAGGCUUUCCUUUCCAUAGUAUUUUAAUGAUGACCGCAAUAUUUUGACUUAAAAAGAUUCUCUCUCUCUCUCCCUCUCUCUCUCUCCUUCUUUCUCGCCUAAAUUUGAUAUUCUAACCGAAAAUUACAUAUCAGCGAGUCAAAGAAAAAAAAUUGAUGUACACAAGUAGCCAAGCGGUUAAUCAGGAAAAGAAAAAAGUCAAAACCGUCAGAAUUUGAUCUCUCGAUCUCGUUAUUUGUUCCGCGAAAAACAGUGUUCGAAUGUACGAAUUGAGCUAAUAGAAACGCCAGUAACUGUCUUCAUGCAAGUAGGAAGCGUUGCCAUAGGCAAUAGUUAUCGAAUUGGAAAUUGUACAAUAUACUUGGAACAUUUUCAAAUAGUUCAGAGCAAUUGAAUGUACGGAUGAUGGAGUAAAUCAUAGCAAUCAUUGUGCAAUUAGUUCUCCAGUAACUACACAAAAAACACACACAAUUUACUUGUUUUUACUCUAUUCAGUUUCAGUGUUCUUUUCUCUCGUUCUCCGUCAGUGUCGCUGUGUCCCAUCCGCAACAGCUGAGUUCUAUAAAUAAAAUUCACGUUUCCAAUUCGAAAAUCAAAUGAAGCGUAAGUGCAAAGUUUCGAUUGUUGUACGAGCAAAAUAAGAAGAAUUUUUGUAGAAUUCCAGUGGUCAGUAGGAAACAAUGAAUUUUUACCUUUAUUUGAAUACGUGUGCUGGACGAAAGAAGAAGAAGAAGAAAAAAACAAUGAAGACGUUUGAAAACAUACGGGAUAGGAACACAACAUGAAGUUUGUUGUUCGCAAGAACGUACGAAGGAAAAAAAAACCAACAAUCGCACAUAUAACAUGAUUGCACCACUAAUGUCGAAAGAACUUUUAAUUUACUCGAUUUUUUUUUCAUCGCUUACAUGCUUUGUGUGUGAAAUUCGCCAGGUUAUAGAAGAUGUAGUGGUCACGGAAGAAGCGUUUUCUUAUGACUGGGCACGAACAUACGUUUCAAUUUCUAUCACAGUAUGCAAGCCCUGAUGUUACAAAAGAUAUUGAUCACAUAGUCAUGAUCAACUGAAUUCUUGUUCAAGCCAUUACUGUUGUGUAAUAAUAAAUCGAAUUGUUUUACUUCAUUUGUGUUUUUUUGGUCUCUCUUCGAGAGAACACUGAGAAGAAAAAGUGAUCAUAGCUUAAGAUCGAAUGAAAUUUGUGAUCAAUUUGCGCUCCAGACUAAUAUUGUGUGAAUUCUAUAUUCAAAAUGGAAACAUUUUAUGUACACAAAUUUACAAUUUCAAUUGAAAUUGUUGCCAACCAAUUGAAUAAGUUCAAGAGUUGUCCAAGUCGAAACAUUUUGAAUGGGCUAAUUGACACUGAUACAAAUAACGGAAGUAGAAUUGAAUUUUAAGUCGACGAUACAAACAUGUCAAAAUCAUUACUUACAACAAUUGUUAGUAGGUUAAUUUUUUCAAUGAAAAAAUUUAGACGAUAAAAAACAGGGCAGGUUCGUUGCUUGGUAAAUUUUGAAAUAAUUCCUUCUACUACAGUUCUAUUUUUUCAAGAACAUUAAUAGACUUAUAAAACCUUAUUUUCGUACGCACGUAGCUAAGCAGAGAAAAAAGAGAUCGACACAUUGAUACUUUUGUCGGAACUAAAUUGCAAACGAAAGAAAACUGAAAAUAAAAUCCAUACAAUGCGUGUUCAAUAUGAACAGCACGAUUAAUCAUCAACACUCGUUCUAUGUACAACUUUUUCAUCUCGUUCCAACACAUUUGGCAUUUUUGUUCGAUUUUCGGAGAAAUUUAAUUAGAAUAAGUUUCGCCGCGUUCAAUGGAAACACAUUGAAUUUAAAAGGCCAUUGAAAAAGAAAAACUGAAAAACGUUCAAAAUUUAAUACCAUCAUGAUUAGUCCAAUGUCCGAAGAGUGAUGUGUUCGAUAAUUUUUGAUCGACCAUUUAUAAUAACUUGCCUAGUAUUUAUGAUGUUCUAAAAUUGAAUGUGUUUUUUUUCUAAAUUCAUUGAAUUCAUUGUUAAUAUUCAGUUGAUGUUAUUCCCAUGAAUGAUGGAUCAAAUAAUAUGUGGAUUUCAUAUAUUUCGAAUGAUCAUCUUUAAUUUCAAUCGUAUAUCUUUCUUCGAUAUAAAAUGCGACAGAAACGUUUAGGAUAGGAUAUAAUUUCGAAUGGAGUCAGAAGUCAGUUGAAUAAUUUUGAUGAAUUAUACAAAAAAGAACGAACACGGCAAAAAAUUUGAAGACAAAAACCAGUUAUACUGCAGAGAAAAGAGUGAAAACGAGAGAAAGAAUAAAAAAAAACGACAUCUUAUUGUACAUAUAGUAGUGUAUAGUAUAGUAUAUGUGCGCGAUACCAUUUGGACUGGCACAUGAAAUUUCUAUUGUUAUGAAAGAGAGCGUUCAUGCUCCUAAAUUCCGGCAUCAUACAGUGCAACUUAAUCAGAGCUCACGUUCCAAAAUCAAAUUGUUCACAUCGUACCUGGGUUUAUAUAAGAGAUGCCGAUUCAGUUUCCGAAUCGGAAAUUCCGGCAACAGAAAAAAUGUGCAGUUUCGAAGCGAAACAAUGGUAAUUCGCGGGUAGAUGCAGUUCUUCAAGCCCUGAACCAUAUGAGGUACGAAGCAAUGUCGCCAUUGCACAUAAUUUUAUUGAGUGCCAAUGGAUAGAAUGGAGGCGAAGGAGGUAGGAGAUUGUAGAACUGUGACAGAGAACUUACUUCUCUACCUAUAUAUUUCACAAACGUGGAGAUUAAUGAUAUUUUUUGCUUUGUUUCAACUGAAUGCUAGACAUUCAUUGUUAGAAAGAACAUACAUUUUCAUAACAACAAACAUAUAUGUAUUCAUCGCAAAGCACAUUCGAGAAGAACAAGAUAAAUUAAUAUUCACACUCGCCUCAUUUGCAUCAUUGUGAUCUGUGUAUUGUACUGUUAUUCGGCGGAACCGCGUAAGUUGAGCCAUGAGAGAAUUCUAAAAUCAUCGUAGACGAAAAUGUUGAAAUUUAAUUUAUAUCGAAUAUCAUGACGCCGAGUCUUCGUGUGUAUUUUUCACAUUGACAUCAAUCGACACGGAACGACCAUUUAAUGGAACAUUUGUUUCUAAUCAAUGAGGAAAUGCACUUUUAAUUUCAGAUUGUGCGCAUAAUCUGGUUCGGCAUUAAAUAUUGUAUAUGAAAUGUUGUGUUCUUUCCCUUCUCACUCUAAUAAAUAGAACGGCGAAUAUAUUUGAAAUGAUCAUGAAACUGAAUUAGAACAGCAAUUUCAUUUUUUAACUGUAAUAAAAUUGAAAUCAAUUUCAUUUUUCUCUAAACGCGUGAGAUUUUUUGCAAGAUUUACAUACGUAAAGUAAAUCGCUUUUACACCAUCGACUUUACUGUCGGAUACUGAACGUACCUGAAAUUUGAAAUAACAUCGCGUUCGCUACACCAAUUAUAUUUUCCACUCAUGCGGUCAUAAAACUUAUGACCUCCUUUGAACAUUUGCCUCCGAUUUUGGAGGAGAGAAAAAAAAACAAAUCCGCGGCUCAUUACAUUGACGUUAUGGAACGAAAUAGUUGAUUUGAAUUGAAAGCAAAUCGGAGUAAAUCAUUGGAACAGCUCAAUUUUCCGUACUGAAAAUGUGAUUUUGGCUGCAGUUAUUUCACGUUAUAUGUGAAUUUAUUCGAAUAUACGAAAAACCGAAAUGAGUGCUUUCCACAUCUGCACAUCAUUGGGUCAACGAUGAAAAGCGAAAAUUACGAGAAAAAAGUGAAUCUUCAACACUUCUUCAUCAUCAAAUGUAACGCUUGGUUGGGUUUCAGCAAUCUGAUAAAAGUAUUGCGUUAUUUUCAAUUGAGCCGCAACGAAAUAUAGUCUAAUCACUUCUUCAAUUCGUCCAACAUUCGAAACAUCUUCAUUUCUAAUCAACCGAAAUGAAAUAUAGAAUUAAUUUUUCGAAAAAAUGUUGAGAAAAAUGUAGCAAAAGCAGUAGCAAACAAAUGAUCAAACGAACGAAAAAUAGUUCUGAUUGGAGUUUUAUUCAAUUCAGAGUGAGACGAUGGUGAGAUUUAUUCUGCUUGGUCUUAAGAUUUUCGAUUAUGUAUAAAUUCAUUGUUACGUAACAACAACCGUUGCGAAUGCUAAAUUUAAUGGUCGGAAAAGCAGAUCACAAAUGACAAAUAAAUUUCGUUAUAAACGCUAACGCAUAUAUGUAAAGUGAAACAAAGCACUUUGUUGCUGCUUUGUUGUCUUUCGUUUUGUUUUCUUCUUUUUAUUGGCAUGCUUUUAAAUGUGUAUCAUCGUGAUGUGCCUAUGUGUUUUCCUCCGCAUUGACAAUCCGUUUUGCUCCGUGCACCAAAUCCAUAUAAAUCAUAAUCAACCACUUUUUGUUAAGGAAUCAAACGCAUAUCGACAUCAAAUGCUGAUUUUAUAUUGGAUGAAUGGGACUAAACGACUAAACAGUGUAACAAAAAUACAGGAAAAAUUCACAUACAUGAUUGUGCAAUUGUGCAUUGACAACAGCAACACAAAAAUGAGUGAAUCCGUAAACAUUUCCCAAUAGACUUAAAUUACAACAAAUAAUACACAACAAAAUGAUUUUGAAAAUGGAACCAGAUGAAUUAUUUACGAUCAAAGUACAAUAUUUGGCCGAUACUGAUCCGUUCAAUUGUUUGUCAAUGUAUCCAAUACCAUCACGAGCACCAACAUAUUCAUUCACCUAUUCAUCACCUUUGGCAACUCAAUUGGGAUCAGUUUUGAGGUUAUUGGGAGCACCACAACGGUUGGAUGAUGCGGCACUUCAGGUGCGCUUCCAGGAUGGUGAUUAUGGAGCUUACCUAGACCUUGAAUCAUCCUUAGCCGAACAAUCGGAAGAGCUAGAGGGACUACACUCAAACAAUCGGAAAAACUCACUGGUUGUACGUACACAAUUGAGCGUAAGAGUGCAUGCAAUCAUAGAAAAACUCUUAACAUCAGAAGGACGAGAGUUGCGACGUGCGCUAUUCUCGCUGAAGCAGAUAUUCCAGGAUGAUAAAGAUUUGGUGCACGGUUUUGUUGCGCUUGGUGGACUUAACUCGCUGGUUCGAGUUGGUAAUAAUGCCGAUCAAAAUUAUCAAAAUUAUAUUUUGCGUGCUCUUGGGCAGGUGAUGCUUUAUGUGGAUGGUAUGAAUGGCGUGAUGCAUCACAGUCCAACCAUACAAUGGCUUUACUCUCUGAUUGCAUCGAAAUAUCGAUUAGUUGUGAAAACAGCAUUGAAACUGCUCUUGGUCUUCGUGGAAUAUGUUGAGAGCAAUUGUUAUUUAUUGGUGAAUGCAAUUCAUGUGGUCGAUGCUGCUCAAGAUUCAUUACCUUGGUCAAAUAUCAUGCAAUUACUGAAAGACUAUGAGAAUGCAGAUACGGAAUUACUUAUCUAUGCAACAACUUUAAUUAAUAAGACAUUAUCGGGACUAAGUGAUCAGGACAGUUUCUACGACGAAAGUGAUUUCCUCGAGCAACAGGGAAUGGAAAGUGUGAUACAACGAUAUAUGUCACGCCCGGGUACUGAUUUAGAUCUAUUAGAUCAACUUCAGCUUUAUGAUGCAGUAUUAAGAUUUGAAGAUGGUGAAACUGAUGGUAUUCGAAUACCUGAUAAUUCAGUUCGCAAAACUCCACGAUGUAGAUCGCUCAAUGCUAAUGGAGGUGAUCCAUUGGAACGAAGAAAAUCACGUCGUCAUAGCUCCGAUGCGGCGCCCAAUCCAGCAAAAUUUUAUAGCCCACGUUCACCAAUAACCAUGCACCAAACGCUCGAUGAAGACAGCUCUAGCUCGGUAAAUUCGGGUGAAUUAAAUGACGUGUUCGGUGUACCGAAGGGAACUCAUGAAAGUGCUGGCGUUACUCCGGGCUUGCGUCGACGACGAGAACGAGCUGAGCGACAAAAGUCAUUCUUACGCGAGCAGCAAGAGGCGGCAGCAGCUGGCCUACGUCCCUUUGAUAUCAAGGAUGACAUCAUCAAUAAUCAUGAUUCUGAAAACGAUGAGAAACGCUUGUUAAUGCAAAUAAAACGUGAUCACACCGUUAAAGAUCUCACACAAAAACUAAGCAAUUUACCAAUAAAUUCGCAAGAAGAGAAAACCCAAAAUCGCAUUGGCGAUAUGAGCGGACUGAUCUCAAAAGCCAAAGAGGGUCUUGCAAAGAGCAAAAGCAAAGGAGACAUUUCAAGGUCACCGAGCAAAGACCAAGAAAUUCGAAAACCAGAACCAAAAAAAUCAGAGAAUGAGCUGCAUUGGGAAGAGCUGAUGAAAAAUAUGACACGACCAUUGAAUCUAUGUGACUUAGACUUUACUGAUCUGCAUUCAGAUGAUGAUAAAGACGAUUUAAUGCCACGUGGUUUUGGUGGAGCUAUGAUACCGCCACCACCUCCUCCAAUUGGCAUUCCUCCUCCAAUGAAAGCAAUGCAACCUCCAUUGGAGCCACUGUCAAACGUUCGUCACAUGAACGGAUCCAAGGCAACAGCGAUACCGAACACAACAUCAAUUAAAAAGAAUAAAAAAACGGUGAAAUUGUUUUGGAAAGAAAUUCGAGAGGACUUGAUUCCAGUGCACAUAGGAAAAACCAUUUGGGAUGAAAUACCUACAGCAGUAAUCGACACCCAGAAACUGGAACAUUUAUUCGAAUCGCGAGCAAAAGAUACAAUUUCAAAGAAACAACAAGAGAUGAACAAAAAUAAGGAGAUUAUUGUACUUGAUCAUAAGCGAUCGAAUGCAAUCAACAUUGCAAUGACGAAACUACCACCUCCACGAGCUAUUAAAGCAGCUAUAUUGAAAAUGGAUGCGACUGUGGUUACACGAGAAGGCAUCGACAAACUACUGAAUAUGUUGCCAACCGAGGAGGAACGUGGCAAAAUCCAAGAGGCACAGAUGGUCAAUCCAGAAUUACCGCUCGGCAGUGCAGAACAAUUUUUACUAACAUUGUCAUCUAUAUCGGAACUUUCAGCUCGUCUAAAGCUUUGGGCAUUCAAACUUGACUUUGAAAUUAGUGAGAAAGAAAUUGCUGAACCACUAAUGGAUUUGAAACAAGGUCUAGAUGUGCUUCGUAAUAAUAAAACAUUCAAAUGUAUCCUGUCCACUUUAUUAUCGAUUGGAAUAUUUUUGAAUGGAGCUCCAGCGAAAGGUUUCCAAAUUGAAUACUUGGCAAAGGUUCCCGAAGUUAAAGAUACCGUUCACAAGCAUUCAUUGCUCCAUCAUUUGUGUAACAUUGUGAUGGAAUCUUCGUCAGAUACAACGGAUCUCUAUUCGGAAAUUGGCCCGGUUACACGAGCGUCGAAGGCUGAUUUUGCCGAUUUAGCACACAAUAUCACCUAUUUGGAAUCAGAAUGCAAAGCAUCUUGGGAUCGUCUAAAACUAAUUGCCAAACACGAUUGCCCGCCACAACUCAAACAAAAAAUGGUCGAUUUUCUCGCUGACUGCGCCGAACGUAUAAUCAUAUUGCAAAUAGUACAUCGCCGAGUAAUCAAUCGAUAUCGAAAGUUUUUGCUAUGGUUAGGCGUGCCACAGCAUCGUGUUAUGGAAUCUCGUCCAAAUGAAGUGUGCCGCAUCAUAUCAGAAUUUGCGCUGGAAUAUCGUACAACAAGGGAGCGUGUCCAUCAACAGCUGGAGAAAAAGGCUAAUCAUCGUGAACGAAACAAGACGCGCGGCAAAAUGAUAAUUGAUGUGGCCAAAUUUCGAUCAAACGAGGAUCGAGCUGAUGCCGAACUCAAGCAAUUACUGGGUUCACAAAGUCCUUCGGUGGACAAUCUUGACAGCCCAUGCCAAUUCACAGGAUUCAGACGCAAACGUCCAGAAGUACUACGCUCACCCGCAAUGAAAAUGUCCGAAGACACAUUCACCGAUGGCGACGAUGAACUAUUGGAAUCGUUGGUCAAAACUGCAACCUCUACUCAAAGAACAGCGCCACGGCGCGAACGAAAACGUUCGACACGCAAUGCCGAUCGAAAAUCAUUACGCAGAACUCUAAAAAAUGGCUUGAGUGAGGAGGAAAAACAGCAUGUUGCAACAUUCAUAAAGAGCUAUUGAUCAAGUUCAACGAACUACAGUAUAGCGAAUUCUUUUUUUUUAUUUAUUUAUUCACAUUUGUGACUAGAGAUAAACGAAAAGAAUAAUUUAAUAAUAAUAAUAAAAAAAAAUUUAAAAAGUUAAAAUGAA